AUGGUGAAGGAAAAGUAUGAUUUGAUAAAAUCUAUUUCCGACGAUCAGGAAGUAGAAGAUUUUUCAGAUAAUUCAGAAUUUGGUGAUGAUGACGUCCAACCUCACAGAGAAAAAGUAGUAGACGAAAAGAAAAAAGACUUUGACACCGAAUUCCAGUUCAUAAGUGACGCCGCAGAGUACAACAAAGACACCUGGAACGACCUGAGCAAAUAUAUCAAGCGCAAACCCAAGUCCAAGCUGGACGACAAAAUAAAACGUGUUCGCCGUGAACAGAAUAUAGAAGAAAAGCCAAUCAAAGUCGACGAUGACAGCGACGUCGAAGCCGAUAACGACAAUGACAAUCACACUAACGGAGACAUUUAUUUAUCCGAUGAUGAAUUAAAAAAAGACACUUUCAGAACUAAAGAGCACAAGGGAAAAAAGAAGAAUGAAAAAGCCGACAUAAUGGACUUUGAAGAAACAGCAACCGCUGACAAUUCUGCGACCUUUUACCAGAUGAACUUAUCUCGUCCAUUAUUAAAAGCAAUCACCACAAUGAAUUACGUCCAGCCGACUCCAAUUCAAGCUGCGACCAUCCCCGUGGCGCUGAUGGGUCGUGAUAUUUGUGGGUGUGCUGCUACGGGUACCGGUAAGACAGCAGCUUACAUGCUGCCUACUCUAGAAAGAUUGCUGUACAAACCCGCAGAUGGUCCAGCAAUCACUCGAGUAGUUGUCCUGGUACCAACUAGAGAACUGGGUGUCCAAGUGUACCAAGUCACCAAGCAACUUUGUCAGUUUACAAACGUAGAAGCAGGUCUUGCGGUAGGAGGUCUUGAUAUCAAAGCCCAGGAAGCAGCGUUGAGGAAGAAUCCCGAUAUUAUUAUCGCUUCACCUGGUCGUCUUAUUGAUCACAUUCAAAACACGCCCAAUUUCACAUUAAACAGCAUUGAAGUGCUGAUCAUUGAUGAAGCUGACAGAAUGUUCAAUGAAGAUUUUGAGACUCAGUUGGGAUGCAUCGUCAAAGAAUGCUCAAGGAGUCGCCAGACGAUGCUCUUCUCAGCUACCAUGACGGAGAAGGUCAAAGAUCUGGCUGCUGUUUCGUUGAACAGACCUGUCAAGGUAUUCGUCGACAGCAACAUCGACGUAGCUUUUAAUUUGAGGCAAGAGUUUAUCAGAAUUCGUGCUGGACGCGAGAAAGAUCGCGAAGCUAUCUUGGCUGCGCUGGUCUGCAGGACCUUCAGAGACCACACGAUAAUUUUUGUCCAGACCAAAAAGCAAGCUCAUAGACUGCACAUUUUAUUGGGCUUGCUGGGCAUCCAGGUUGGGGAGUUGCAUGGAAACAUCACCCAGCCUCAACGUUUGGAGAAUCUGAGGAAGUUCAAGGACGCUGAAGUUGACGUCUUGGUUGCUACUGAUGUCGCUGCGAGAGGUCUGGAUAUUAGUGGUAUUAAAACAGUAAUUAACUUUGUGAUGCCUGCGACGUUGGAGCACUAUAUUCACCGGGUGGGCAGAACUGCUCGAGCUGGCCGUGUGGGAGUCUCGGUGUCGCUUGCUGGAGAGGAAGAGCGAACGUUGGUUAAAAAAAUCAUUAAAAACGCCAAGAAUCCUGUUAAAAAUCGAAUCAUUGCGCCUGAUAUUGUUGAGAAGUACAAUAAAAAAUUGGAGUCUCUCGAGCCAGAUGUGGAAAAGAUUCUUGAGAUGCAGAGGACGGAAAAGGAAAUCGCGAAGAUUGAGAAUCAGGCCAAUAGGGUGGAAAAGUUGCUCAAAGAAGAGGACGAUGGGCCGAAGAGAAACUGGUUCCAGACUACCAAAGAGAGGAAGCUUGAGAAAGACAAGUUAAAGUUGACUGAGAAGGUCAACAAGCAGAAGGAGAAGAAAGAAGGGCCUAGCAAUUUAGUCGCGAAUAAUAAACCCAAGAAGAAGAAGGCUAAAGAGCCAGAGUUGGAUCCUGCUGAAGCUAGGGCUAUGAAAGAAUUGGAGAAAGUUGCCGCUUUUCAAGCUCGUCUGGCUAAGAAGAGUGGCAAGUUGAAGAAGAUACGGACCGUUCAUGAUGGUCAUAGUGAGAAUGCUCCAAAUAAGCAGGGAGCUAAAAAACGAUCAAGGUCUUCGUUUACUACUGAUCUCACGGAUACGAGUAAGAAAGGUGUUAAACGGCUACGUUAUGAAGCGAACAAGGUACAGAGAGAAUCAUUUGGAAAAGUUAGAGGAAAAUCAGCUGGUGGGAAGAAACCAAUGCCAGGAAAAAAACCAAUGCCAGGAAAGAAACCAAUGGGUGGGAAGAAACCAGCUUUUAAUAAAAAAAGUCCUGGAAAGGGACCAAAAUCGAAACGAUAG